UUUGGCAUAGCAAAAUAAAUGUUAUUCAAACCUUCACUAGCCACUAAAUAAUUCAUUUGACCGCGUCGAUACUAAUCUGAUUUGUAAACCGUACUAAUCAAUUUUGCAAAACCAUUCUCGUCUAUAAUAAUUCGGUGAUGCGUAUAAAUUAGUUUUGGCUACAUUCUGUAUUUUAUACUACUAAGAAACUAUGGCAGCUGCUUUAUUUGGCGCCUUAAAUAGUAAAGUAUAGCAGCUUUUCGGUAUAAUUGAAUGUAGAAAGCCGAAUUCUGGCUAUGAUUCGAAAUUCUAUCGUUCUAUAUCGAUAAUAACCUUGGCAUGACCCAAUAUAAGGGUGGUACACUAUCGAUUGAAUAUGUUGGGAAGUUAUUAGCACCACUUCCUCUAGUUAUGAAGAACUAUCUAUCAUUCGAGCAGACCUCAGAAAUGAGAACACCUGUUGCAUAACAGUCUCAUAAAAUAUAAUCGACAGUAAAAUCUGAUUUUUUCUAAUCAGUAAUUUUAACUUUGAGAAGAAAAAUUCAAUGAUAGAGAAAGAAAAGAGAAAGAUACUUCCUAAUUAAGCGAGGAUUACAAGUUAAGAUUUGAUCGAGUAGAAUCUAAACCGCUUAAGAAGAACAAAAUAGGAACAAUCAGUUCUGAUUUAAUUCUUUGGAUGAUGAGGAACAUAGACAUCGAUGAUCAAGUUGAAGCCCUUCAUUUGGCUCAUUUAAUGGCGGCACACGGUUAUUUUUUUCCUAUCGAAGACCACGUUUUGACGGUUAAGGCUGAUGGAACUUUUUAUAGGUUUCAGACUCCUUACUUUUGGCCGUCCAAUUGCUGGGAACCAGAAAAUACGGAUUAUGCUGUAUAUUUAUGUAAACGUACAAUGCAAAAUAAAACAAGACUAGAAUUAGCGGAUUACGAAGCAGAAAAUUUAGCAAGAUUGCAAAAAAUGUUUUCAAGAAAAUGGGAAUUCAUUUUCAUGCAAGCAGAAGCGCAAGCCAAAGUAGACAAGAAGAGAGAUAAAUUGGAAAGGAAAGUCUUAGAUAGUCAAGAGAGGGCGUUUUGGGAUGUACAUAGACCCGUUCCUGGUUGUGUAAAUACUACCGAAAUUGAUAUUAAAAAGGCCUGCAGAAUCAAUAAACCCAUUAAAAGUUACAAGCAUAUGCAAUGCUCUGUAUCUGGAGGAAGAAUAAGUCCUAGUGUUUCGGAGACUGAUCUAUCUACAUCAGCUGAAGUAUUAAAAAAAGAGAUGGAGGCCUUGAAAACUCGUCUGGAAAGAACAAGUGUAAAAAUAUCAAAGGUAGCCGAGUCAUACCUCAAUUAUUAUGAACAAUAUCAAGAAUAUGAUCCAUUUAUUACAACUCCUGAAGCAUCAAAUCCAUGGAUUUCAGAUAACUGUGACUUUUGGGAAUUGGAAAAGCAAACAAAAGAUAUACCAGCAAGGAGAGUAAAAAGAUGGGGAUUUUCACUCAAGGAAUUACUUAAAGAUCCAGCAGGAAGAGAACAGUUUUAUAAAUUCCUAGAAAAGGAAUUCAGUGCUGAAAAUUUGAAAUUUUGGGAUGCAGUAGAAGAAUUAAAACAAGUACAUUCUAAAGAUAUCCCUAUCAAAGUUCAAGAAAUUUGGAAUGAAUAUUUAGCUCCUGAUGCAAAUUGCCCAAUCAACAUAGACUCUAAAAGUUAUGAAAUUACUAAAAAGAAUAUGGAGAAUCCUGACAGAUGGACCUUCCAAGAAGCUGCUGCACAUCUUUAUCUUUUGAUGAAAAACGAUAGUUAUGCCAGAUACUUAAGAUCAGAAAUGUAUAAAGAAUAUCUAAAUGGUAUAAAGAAAAAACAAAGCAAAUUAUUUAUUCCAAAAUUACCAAGUCUGAGUAUAGGCUCUUGAACAAAUUUUAUUCUAAAAAUUGAACUUUUUGGGACAAAUUGUGUUUUCAUUCCCAAUACCAUCAUUAAAUGAUCAUAUUUUCUAUAUGUAUCAUUUGGAGUGCAAGAUAAUAAGCAAUAUACUGUGUACAGUACGUGAAAUUUUGCAUUCUGCCAAAUAUUCCAAAGAAGUGCAUUCGUCAAAAGAUCAGCAGUAAUUAAUAUGCCAAAUGUUUUAAUAAUUAUUUUCUAUUUAUUCAAAGUACAUUUGACUUUGGAUGAUCAAAUAGUUUACAAAGAGCAUAUCCACUUUCAUUUUCAUUUUAAAUAAUAAUUUAAAAACCAUAAAUGUAUAGUUUAGAAUCAUAUACAAAAAACAUUUCAAUAUUUUUCCAUAGAAAUGUAUAGAAAAGCAAAAUUUUCCACCAUGUAAAUAUAAUCAAAUAUAUAUAUAUAUAAAAUUGUAAAAUAAGCUUGAUAUUUCAUCCCUGCAAAACUGUUUUUAAACACCAUCGUGCUCUCUGUAAAAAUGCAUGGCUUUUUCAUAAUCGAACAAAAAGUAAUUGGAUUUAAGAAAGAAAAAAUAUCAGUUAAAUUUUUAAGAGCAUGUGCUGUCUACUGUUCUUACAAAAACCCAAAAAAUAAGUAAAUAUAUAUACUGUAUACAUACAUAUAGUAAAAAAUUAUAUUUAUAUUUCAAAAAUACAUUAUGCCCAUAUCAAAUUAAAUUUUUAGCAUUUCUCAACCUAAAAUUUUGAAUAUAAUAAACUGUUAAUAUUCUGUAAUAGUUUGAUAGAUGUUUCUUGUUCAAUAUCAUAUAUUGUAUUGUGCAUGGCUGUUAAGUACAAGAACAUAAAUGCCCUUAAGUGCAGCUGCUUUAUGAAAACAUGCAAUCAGAUGUACAGUAUUUAUAAAUGUUAAUAUAUAAGAAGUGCGUAUCUUUAAUUUAAAAUUUUUAGAUAUACAAUUGAUAAUCAGUAUUAUUUAAUUAACCCCUCUGCACUUUAAAUAAAAAAGUUAAAU